UUAUCAGCUCGGUGAAGCACAACAAUAUCCCACGAGUAGCCGCGCAGAGGCAGCAAUUCUUGCAUUAUAAAUUCUUCCUCGAGCGCGAAGCCUGCAGCAAAGGGAACGCGCCUGCUCGCAAACUGCCCCGUGGCGCCGCAGAAAUAUGCGACAAAGGGAACAUGACCGCUGACACGGCUCCUCACGUCCAGCCUGGAACCAGCGUCACCCUCUCCUGCCAGCUGAAAGCCCUGCGAUACGCUGAGCAGUGCAGGAUAGCUAUUUUCUUUAACAGCUCUGAACUAAUUAGCAAUUACGGCAGUUCAGUAAGCACCAAGUUUCUAGUCCAUACACACGGCAAACACAUGUUUACGUGCAAAAUAGUUUGUGAAUACAAGAAAAAACUCAUUUGUGGAAUCGAUAUAGAAUCUGGAAGUCCUCCAGAUGAGCCGAGAAACGUGUCGUGUAUCCAGCACGGGACAGACGGCCAUCCCACCUGCACCUGGGAGAAAGGCAGGCUCACCUACAUCAACACUACCUACGUCAUACAGCUAUCGAACGGGACGGAUGUCUUCUGCCUUUCAGAAGAGAGCCUGAAUAAGAAGUUUGGCUCGCUGGCUCUGAGCAAGUUGAAUUUUGACUCUACUUACACCGUUGUGGUUGCUGCCUCCAAUGAGCUCGGAAGUGCUUUUUCACAGCCGCUCGUGUUCAUGUUAAUAGACAUAGUGAAACCACAUCCUCCCAACUUUUUAGUGGAAUUUGAAAAUUCUUCUGCGACCAAUUGCACCUUUUUUUGGCACGAUAAAGCGCAAGCGCAGCACUGCAGGCUGAGAUACCGUCCACUUGCCAGGCACACCUGGAGCACGGUUGAAAGCUUAAAUAGCGAGAAAUGCAGUCUUUAUGGUCUGGAGCCUCAUACAGCCUACGAGUUUCAGGUCAGCUGUAAAAUUCACCCCGAGCGAGGACUGUGGAGCAACUGGCGCACGUACCGAACCUGGACGCCGGAAGCAGCGCCGACCGGGCUCCUGGACGUCUGGUACCGCCAGCAGGACGUGGGCUCUCAGCAGCAGAACAUCUCUCUGUUUUGGAAG